CCCCGGAUGGAUGACUUCACCGCUCUGCCUGGGUUUCCUUUAUGAUCCCGGGAUCUCCCACAUCCCUCGCCAGACAUCAGCCAGCAGCACAACAGAACGAAGCUCCCCCUUUUUCUCUCUGUCUCUCUCCUUCACGUACAAACACAAUCUCUGGCUGCAGCUGCAUCGCAUCCAGAGACAUCAACGCACCAGGUUCCACUCUAAGAGAAGACCCCCUGCGGGAGACAAGCGGCCACAAUUUGCGCGAACAGGGAUCUAAAUCUUCCCAGGAAGGAAGAUUACUUUGUGUUGCUGUUUUUUCUUUUAUACGCGGGUCUCUCUUCUAUACGUGCCACAAUGUCCGAGGUGCUGCCAUACAGCGAGGGCAAAAUGAGCGGCUACGGAGCGGACAGCGAGGUCAGCCAGAUGUCCUUUAGCUGCGGACUGCAGGACACAAGCGCCUUCUUCGCUGCGUCGCAGGCGAAAAGACCCCCAAAGCUGGGACAGAUCGGCAGAGCCAAGCACGUGGUCAUCGAGGACGAUCGAAUAGACGAGGUCCUGAAGGGGAUGACGGACAAGUCCUCACCUGGCGUUUAAAGCGUCUCCGAUGGCCUUGCAGACUUUUUUAAUUUUCGGUCACCCGAUUUGAAGCACUUGUCGGCUGUGCAUGUUCGAGGAUUGCAGGAGAGAGAUUAAGGAAAAAACACGGCAGCUCUGAGCAAGGCUGGGGAUGAUGAAAGGAAGA